AUGUCUAACUAUCAGGAGAUCGUAAACUUAAACGUUGGAGGUACAAGAUUUGCGACAUCAUGGCACACUUUGACUUGGGUACCGGAUACAUUUUUUACGGCUCUCCUCAGUGGUCGGAUACCAACGGUGCGGGAUGAGAAUGGAGCUAUAUUUAUAGACAGAGAUCCAAAUCUUUUCGGACUUAUUUUAAAUUUUUUGAGAACCAGAGACAUAGAUCUCAAUAAUGUAAACAUAAGAGCACUAAGACAUGAAUGUGAUUACUUUGGUAUUACUCCACUUAGCAGACGUCUUGCGCUGUGUGAUGAAAUGAAUCACUCGUCUUGUGGAGAUGUGUUGUUCUAUGGAUAUCUUCCACCUCCACUAAAUACAUCAUUACCUAAUAGCAAAAAUGGUAGUACUGUGUCAAGGAAGAGUUCAACAGCAUCACCCUCAGAUGUAGUAGCUAGCAGGUCACAUUCAAGGAAUUCCUCUUUAGAUUUACGCACAGUUGGCAGGAUACCAUCACAAGACCAGUUGAGUCGAUGUGGUAGAGGUCAUUCAAGGGCAGCUUCACUUGGCAACACUGAUAGUCAUAAAGGAUUACGUCCACAAGAAAUUUCAACGUGGCAAGAGAAUAUGAAAGUACAAAUAAUAAAAGCUCAUCACAACUGGAUUGCUGUUGCAUAUACACACUAUGUUACAGGAUACAGAUUAACAGAUUCAUGUGGCUGGUACAUAAUAUUUCAAUCACCUGUUCAAGAUUCUGCAAUAGAACGAAUAGCACUCAAUGCAAAAACCAGCGGUGGUGCCACAUCAGGUGGUAAUAAUUCCUCUGGAUCGGAUGUCAUGCUCGGUAUAGCCAGUGGGCCACUUGUAAGGUUAUGGGCUUUUUCAACGCAUACUGAACCUGUUCGACGGACAUUAAUAGGGACGUUCAACCUGGGCGUGCGCGUGGAGCAGCUGCUGUUCGUGGGCCCGCAGCUGGUGGCGCUGAGCGGCGCGGGCGCGCGCAGCAAGGCGGGCGUGUGGCACACCAGCACGCAGCACUGGCAGACGCAGGACGUGGCGCACCUCAGCGCGCACGACACGGCCGGCUCCUUCCUGCUGCUGGGCACCGCCACCGGCGCCAUCAACUACAUAGAUAUGCAAAAGUUUCCGUUGAGGAUGAAAGACAAUGAUCUCCUAGUGACUCAACUUUACAAAGAUCCUAACCAAGAACCAAUUACAGCUAUCUCUGUUUACCUCACACCAAAAACUAAUUUAUGUGGUAACUGGAUAGAAAUUGCAUAUGGCACGAGAUUUGGAUCAGUCCGUGUGAUCGUACAACAUCCGGAAACGGUCGGACAUGGCCCACAGCUGUUUCAAACUUUCACAGUCCACCAAAGCCCUAUCACAAAAGUGUCCCUGUCAGAAAACUACUUGAUAUCGGUAUGCAGUGAAUACAAUCACGUGAGGUCAUGGCGUGUCACUCGGUUCCGGGGGAUGAUAUCCACGCAACCCGGAACUACACCUAAAGCGGCCUUUAAGGUUCUAGCUCUGGAAGCGCCUACUGCCCAACCCCAUAAUGAUUGUGGACCAUAUGGUGAACAGGACGAGGAACAAAUAUUUAUUCAAAAAGUGGUACCUGAUACUGAUACAUUGUAUGUACGAUUAGCUUCGAAUGGUAAAAGGGUGUGCACGAUCCGAUCCGUGGACGGGUCGGCGGUGUCGUGCUUCGCGGUGGCGGAGUGCGAGGGCGCGCUGCGGCCGCGCCGCCUGCUGCUGUGCGGGCACCGCUCCGGCGCCGCGCAGCUGUGGGACCUCACGGCGCCCGUGGACCGCGCCGCGCGCCCGCCGCCCGCCGCCGCCAGCCCGGCGGCGGAGGGCGAGGAGCCUCCGGCGGCGGACGGCGGGCCGUCGCCCGACGAGCUCGUCCGCCUGCUGUCCGCCUGCGACCUGGACGCGGCGCCGCACUCGCCGCACCGGCCCGCGCAGCCCUGA